AAACCGACAUGUUAGUGCCCAGGCCCUAAAGGCGGGACGCGGCCGCAAACGACGUCCCGCGACCUUCUGCUGGCUGUUUGGUGCGCGCGCGAGCGCAGGCCACCGAACGACAACAUGGAGGCUGUGAAUGCUUUCAACCAAGAGCUCUUCUCACUGAUGGAGAUGAAACCUCCUAUUUCUCGUGCAAAGAUGAUUCUCAUUACUAAAGCUGCCAUUAAAGCUAUUAAGCUUUACAAACAUGUAGUCCAGAUUGUAGAGAAGUUUAUCAAAAAGUGUAAGCCUGAAUAUAAGGUUCCUGGAUUGUAUGUUAUUGACUCUAUUGUUCGCCAAUCUCGUCAUCAAUUUGGAACAGACAAGGAUGUUUUUGGGCCAAGAUUCUGUAAAAAUAUAACUGCCACAUUCCAGUACUUAUAUCUCUGCCCAUCCGAGGACAAGAGUAAAAUAGUUCGUGUCCUCAACUUAUGGCAGAAAAAUGGAGUGUUCAAAAUAGAAAUAAUUCAGCCUCUCCUGGAUAUGGCAGCAGGAGCUACCAGUGCAGCUUCAGUGACUGAGGAUGCCACUAAUAAUGAAGGUUCACCACCUCCUACUGCAACAAUUCCAUCUGAGCCCACCCAAGUUUCUUCUAAUUCUGUACCUGCUGUGCCACAGUUGCCCAGUUCGGAUGCCUUUGCAGCUGUAGCUCAGUUAUUUCAAACAACACAAGGACAGCAGCUCCAACAGAUUCUCCAGACUUUUCAACAGCCUCCAAAACCUCAGUCUCCAGUGAUAGAUAACAAUGUGAUGGCUCAGGUUCAUGCUAUAACUUCUCAGCUGCAGACUACAACAACACAACUACCUGAGCAAAAGCAUGACUUCCCAGCACCAGAGCAAAAGACAUCUUUUGAUAAGAAGCUGUUGGAUCGGUUUGACUACGAUGAUGAACCAGAAGCAAUGGAAGACUCAAAGAAAGAGGAAUCAACACCUUCUCCUUCAGUUUCUCAACCAACAUUUGGAUUUCCGGGUGAAGGCAUACAGCAACCAGUAUAUCCCCAGCUCCCAAAUAUAGAUCAAUUUCCGCAGCGAAUGCUAGGAAUGCAGCAGGAUCCUAUGCUGCACCAGGUCCCCCUUCCUCCAAAUGGGCAAAUGCCAAAUUAUGGACUUCUGCCUGCAGCCCAGUUUCCUCCCAUCACUCAACCUGUGAUACAGCCUUCACCUCAGGUGCAGCAGUCUUUCCAACCUUCUUUUCCAGCACAAAGUGAACAACAUAUACAGAAAACACAUCAACAGGCAUCUAGACCAGAUGCCAUCACCACAUCCUGUGGUAAGGAGUUCCACAGACUAACAACACACUGGGAAAUGGAGGUGGAUCAGCCUCCUGUUCAGGAAGGAAGGAGGCAUGAGAACAGAAAGUCGAGGUCUAGAUCUGCUUCAAGGUCUCCUAAAAGAAGAAGAUCACGCUCUGGAUCUCGGAAUCGAAGAUCGCGCCAUCGUCGUUCCCGUUCUCGAUCUCGGGAUAGGCGACGUCAUUCUCCUAGAACACGGUCCCAGGAAAGGCGGGAAAGAGAGAGAGAAAGAGAGAGAAGAGGGAAAGGUCUUCCCCCAAUCAAACCAGAAACUGUUAGUGUUUGUAGCACAACACUUUGGAUAGGACAACUGGACAAACGAGCAACACAGCAGGAUGUUGGGGGUCUUCUGGAAGAGUUUGGUCCUAUUGAAUCUAUAAAUAUGAUACCACCAAGAGGAUGUGCCUAUAUUGUAAUGGUGCAGAGACAAGAUGCAAACCGUGCCCUGCAGAAACUGAGUCGUGGUAACUUCAAAGUGAAUCAGAAAUCCAUAAAGAUUGCAUGGGCUUUAAAUAAAGGAAUUAAACCAGACUAUAAACAGUAUUGGGAUGUAGAACUGGGUGUUACUUACAUACCAUGGGCUAAAGUUAAGCCUGAAGAUUUGGAAAGCUUCUGUGAAGGAGGGAUGCUAGAUAACGAAACACUUAGUCCUGAAUGGAGAGGAAUUCCAAAAAAAUCGGAAAACCAAGUUGCACAGAAUGGAGGUGCAGGAGGUGCCGACACCGCACAUAAUGAACAAACAUCACCUGCAACGAAAAACUUGUCAGUUCAAAUGCCUGUUCCUAUGCCUACACCAAUAACAGUGCCUCCACCACAGGUCCCACCCCAUCAGCCUGGUCCUCCGAUGGUUGGUACACUUCAGCCACCAACAUUUACCCCUCCGUUAGGAAUACCACCUCCUGGAUUUGGUCCUGGAGUUCCUCCACCACCACCACCACCAUUUUUGCGACCUGGCUUCAAUCCAAUGCAUUUACCACCAGGUUUUCUUCCUCCUGGACCACCACCUCCUAUUAAUCCUCCAGUUUCAGUUCCUCCAGUCUCUGUUCCUCCUUCUGUAGGAGUAAAUAUCCCAAAUUCUACUGUGGCCAGCAUAAAUGAAGACACUACAAAAGAGUCUAAUGUGGGGAAUCCCAUUCCAACAGUAGUUACUGGAACUAGAGGAAAUGGUGAAAAUACAGAUACAUCAAAAGGAUAUUCAAAUGCCCCACCACCUGCAACUUCAGCAAGUAUAUCAGCUCCUGUAUCUCAGUCAGUUCCACUCCUUGGUACUCCAGGGGUUACCACUAGCCCUGUGAUGGGUGUCCAGACCCCUUCCACAGGCCUUUUGGGUGCAAGGCCUGGUUUGAUACCACUCCAGCGACCCCCAGGAAUGCCACCACCUCAUCUACAACGGUUUCCAAUGAUGCCACCUCGGCAUGUGCCUCCCCAUAUGAUGCACAGAGGCCCACCACCAGGCCCAGGAGGCUUUGGGAUGCCUCCACCUCAUGGGAUGAAAGGCCCUUUCCCACCACCUGGUCACUUUGCAAGGCCUGGUGGAAUGCCUGGAGGACCUGAUGAUAAUAGAGAUGGAAGGCAGUUCAGGAAUGACAGGCAACCAUUUACUCCAAAUAGAGACCAGGAAAGGUUUGGAAGGAGGUCAUUUGGAAAUCGGAUAGAAAAUGAGCGUGAGCGCUAUGGUAAUCGCAAUGACGACAGAGAGCAUGAACGCCUUGGUAACCGUGAAAGGAGAGAAUGGGGAAGAAGAAGCCCUGAACGUGAUAGACACAGAGACCUGGAGGAAAGAAAUAGGCGUUUCAGCGGACAAAGAGACAGAGAUUCAAGAGAUAGGGAAUCUCGUAGAGAAAAAGAUGAAAAUCGGGGAAAAGAAAAACCUGAGUUGACAGACAGGGCAGAUGGUGUUAAGAACCAUGAAUCCCAGAGUGGCAAAUUAGAAAACACAGACUCUGUUUCAGAACUGAGUAAAGGGGAAUCUAAACCUACAGGUGUAAAACCUGAAGAGUCAGCAUCUGAGACUACCUCAUCUCGUGAACAACCUGAAAAAUCUACUGAUUCAGUUGUAGAUGCUUCUCACUAGAGACUGGAUUUUUGUCAAAUGAAAAGUGACAUUGAAGUGUAGAGCUUUAGUUGUACAAUACGCUGUAUAUUUGCUUUUGCUAUAUCACAAUUCCUCUAUAGUUUAUGGGGAUAUGUAAGCAAUUUGAUUGCUUCCCUUCUAUUUAAAAUAGCUACAGAAUAACACAAAACAAAUGAAUAAACCAUUACCCUUUUUUUGCUGUAACUUUUUAAAAGUUUUGACUUUAAAAAGUUCACAAGUCAGAAUUAGAAGUGCUUUCUAUUUUUUUUUUUAAUUUAAGUGAAGGUAACGGUAAAAGAUCCUAAAAACAAAUAGGGAUGUUUUUAAUAAACUCUAUUUUCAUAACAAA